AUGGGCCAGGCAUUCGGAUUAAGGGGAAACAAAGUGACCAUAGGUCACAUCGCGACGGUCAUCAUCCCCGCCUACAUCUGCUUCGGGUAUCUGAACGCGGUGUCCAGCGGCAUCGUCAACCGACAAUCAUGGGUGGAUACAUUCCCCCAGCUCGACACGGUGAACACCACUGGAGCGACGAACGCCGAGAACUCCCGGAUCGAGGGCACGGUGGUGGCUCUCUUCAACCUGGGUUGUCUUUUCAGUGCCAUCGCCUGUAUCGGGGUCGGUGAUCGCCUGGGCAGGAAACGAACAUUCAUGCUUGGGUUGGCGAUCACGAUUGUGGGCUCGGUUCUUCAGAGUACGGCCUUUGUGCUGGCACAUCUGAUUGUCGGGCGGUUCAUUACUGGGUUGGGAUUCGGCGCGGUGACGGCUACAGGGCCAAAUUGGCAGAGCGAGACAACUACCCCCAAGCUUCGUGGGUUUAUUGUGAUGCUUCAAAGCGGGUUCUUGGCCAUCGGUCUGGCCGUGGCGGGCUGGCUGGAAUAUGGCCUCGCCUUCGCUGAGGGCUCCGUCGUCUGGCGCCUGCCGCUCGCUUUUCCGUGCCUCCUCUGUCUGAUAUCUCUAGUCUUCACCCCCUUCUGGCCGGAAUCGCCGAGAUGGCUCAUCAAAGUAGGUCGGAUCGACGAGGCCCGCGAAGCGCUAGCCAUUCUUCUCGACGAGUCUCCCACGAGUGAGGCAGUGGGCUCCUUUAAGGACAUCUUUCGAAACGGGCCCUCACGCUUCGGUAAUCGGGCUUCCAUUGCCAUUGCCACGCAAAUGGCGCAGCAAAUGUGUGGACAGAACGCCAUCACUUUCUAUCAAAGUACCAUCUUCAAGCAGUUUCUCGGCAUGGAUUCCAAGCUAGCGCUGCUCAUGUCAGCCGUGCUGUUUACCUGGAAAAUCCUAAUCAGCCCCUUCGGCGCCCUCACUGUUGACAAAGCCGGCCGUCGGAAGCUGCUGAUCCUCUCCUUCGUGGGAAUGGGCAUCUGCAUGGCGGUUAUGGCGGGCUGCAUGUCCCAGACCAGUAGCAGCAAAGCAGCCAUGGACACCGCCGUUGUCUUCAUCUUCAUCUACGUUUUCUUC